AUGGAUAUUCGAAGUUCAUUCAGCGCUCAAUUACAGCUUCUUGGUUUACUGUGUGAUUUCUCAAAUAGUGCCGUGGUUAAUAGUCUUAACGAUAUGUCUAAUACUCAAUUAAUAGCUCGAGAAGUCAUCUCGCCCAUUAUUCUUCAAACUCAAGUCAAUGAUUUAGUUGAUAAUUUUCGAAUUCAAAUUUCAACGACAUUCGAUCGUACUUUGAAACUUAUUCGUGAGACAUCAGUUGGCAACCAACUCGUAUCUGGGUGGAAAACCGAUGCUUCCGCAAAUUUUUACGCUGCAAAUGCCGCUGGUGAUCUAUGGGCUGGUUUGGUAAUGAAUAUUCUUCCUCAGUCUGCUGAUGAAUUACCUUGCUAUUGCUCAACUACAUUCCAAUGUCAAAGUGAAGCAGCCAUCUAUCAAGAGACAGAUCCUGUAAAUCCUGUAACAUCAAUUGAAAAUGGCAUGAUUCCCAUUGGUAGACGUCGACGACUUCGUUAUUGGUUCACUAUCGUCAGAAACAAAAUUACAACAUUCAAUCUAUUUCCGGAUCGUGUUGACGACGAUGAAAAUCGCAUACGUGAACAGCGUUAUGCCAGUCGGUUAUAUCUUGUUCUACUUUGUGUUAGUGUUCUUGUCUUAAUCAUUAUCACAUCACUAUCUCCUCAAUACAAUACAUGUACAAUUGAAUUUCCAACGAUCACUAUUUAUAAAGAACUUCAAAGUCGUUUUCCAAAUACAUUGACGUGUCCCUGCUCACAAGUGAACAUCCCAUAUGGACGAUUCAUUCAACUCUAUCCAUCAUUUCAUCAAGUCUGCUCAAGUGUAUUCAUUACAGAACAAUGGAUUGCUAUGCUUUUUCCUUGGAGUUACAUAACACAUUACGAAGAUUUUCGCGUUCAAGCGGCUGGUCAAUUUCAAUUGCUUCAAAGCUUUUGUGCAUUAGCAGAACAAACUGUGGUUACAGCAUUGCAAGACUUUGCUACAAGUGAAUUUAUAACUGCUAAUGUGAUCUCUGCAGCUGUCUUUGAUGCACAAAUGCGUUCAACAAUAAGUACUUUUCAGCUUGAGGCACCAGGCGCAUUUAUUAGUGCAUUAGAACUUAUUCGACGCGCGACACAUGGAAAUGCCUUUAUGACAGUGUACGCAAAUGAAGAAAAACAUAAAGAAUGGGUCGAAUUAUACUCAAAUAAGUUAAAAGGUAUUUUUGUUGAUAAAGAACAACUGUUAACAAAAUUAAAUGAAGAUAUUGAUUUUUAUACAAAAAUGGUACCGAUAACAGUGGAAGCAUUAUUCAUGUGGAAUCAAUUGUUAAGUGAGAUAUUAAAUCGUAUGCCAUUAACAUCUAUCUCACGAAAAGAUCUCCGGAAUAAAUGUCGACUAGAAUACCAAGGAGAUGAUAUUGAAUGGUACACACGUGAUGCAUUUCUUUAUCGUUUAUUGAACCGAGAAUUAAAAACACGAGAUAUAUCAAUAACAUUUCGAUUUCGUUUUGUUCUUGUCGAUUUACAUAAUCGAUUAUCAAGCUUACAUACUAAUGGAAAUUCAUUGGUGAAAUGUCGAUUAUCCGAUGCAGUAUAUUUACCGAAAUUUAGAGAAGAAUUAUGUCGUGUUACAAAAACAACUGUAAUUGGAACAGAAUGUCUUGGUCUUAGGAUUUCGGUGAGUCAACUUUGUUAG